UUAUAUAGCCCUCCCAGUUGCGCGUUGGACCUGACCACGCCGCCGCCUCCUCCGUUUCCCCUCUCCCCCUCUCCCCCUCUCUAAACCCGCACCGGAAGCAGGGCUCCUAGGGUUUGCUCCACCGCCAAACCCUACCACCAGAUUGCUCCGAUUCCGACCGAGGCGGCGUCUGCGAGCUCCGAGCGGGUGGCAUGGCGGGGUACCCGGAGGACAACCAGCACGCCCUGAACGGGUACGAAGAGGAGGAGGAGGUCGAAGAAGUGGAGGAGGUCGACGAGGAGGAGGGCCACCCUGGGAGGAGGGGCCGACGAGAUGGGGGCGAUGGCGGUGGCUAUGGUGACGUCGGGGGGGAUGACGGCAGGGCCGGGGGCGGUGACUCGUCUGGGAAGAUUUUCGUCGGCGGUGUGGCUUGGGAGACCACUGAAGAAACAUUCUCCAAGCAUUUUGGGAAGUAUGGGGCAAUAACUGAUUCUGUAAUUAUGAAGGACAAGCAUACUAAGAUGCCUCGUGGAUUUGGAUUUGUUACAUUUUCUGAUCCAUCUGUUAUAGACAAGGUUUUGGAGGAUGAACACAAUAUAGAUGGAAGAACGGUUGAAGUCAAAAGGACAGUCCCGAGGGAAGAGAUGUCGUCAAAAGAUGGCCCCAAGACAAGAAAGAUCUUUGUUGGCGGGCUACCGGCAUCGCUAAGUGAAGAUGAUUUGAGGGAUCACUUCUCCUCAUAUGGUAAGGUGGUUGAACAUCAGAUAAUGGUUGAUCAUAGCACUGGGCGUUCAAGGGGUUUUGGUUUUGUCACUUUUGAAAGUGAGGAUUCUGUUGAAAGGGUCAUAUCAGAGGGAAGAAUGCGUGAUCUUGGCGGGAAGCAGGUUGAAAUAAAGAAGGCUGAACCAAAGAAACAUGGGGGUGAUCACAGUAGUAACGGGAGAUCUAGUCAUGCAGGUGGUGGUUAUCGUAGUUCUUACCGUAGUGGAGCUUCUGGUGGUGGUAGCAGCAGCGGUGGCAGUGUUGGUGGGGGCAGCUAUGGCGGUGGUCAUCGAUCUGCUGCUGCGGGAAGUUACUAUGAUAGCACGGGAUAUGGUUAUGGUAGAGGAGGCUAUGGUGCCUAUGGAGGCAAUGCUGCUUUUGGGUCUGGUUUUGGUGGUGGUUAUGGUGGCUCUAUGUACGGAGGUGCUUAUGGCGCAUAUGGUGCCUAUGGAGGCGGUGCUUACGGAGGUGGUGCCUAUGGAGGUGGUGCUUACGGAGGUGGUGCCUAUGGUGCUGGUGCAUAUGGAGGUGGAGCUUACGGUGGUGCCCCAGGUGGUGGCUAUGGCACCGGAGGAUACGGUAGUUAUGGGGGUGCAGGUGGUGCUGCUGGUGGGAGUGCAGGUGGGCGGGGUUCUAGCAGGUACCAUCCUUAUGGGAAAUGAGUGUAAUCUCGGAGUUCUUUUCUAGGAUGCAAUAAGCACACACAUCACCCGUCAUAUAUCCUAGAAACUCGGAGCAUUUCUCUUGGUUUACCUAAUCAGCGGCAUCAGAACAUUUUUGGUUUUGUUCAAUUAAGUCAGUAACUGGAACAAGUGUAAUGUCAGUCGCUGAGCCUGCUGUAGUUUGCUGUAGAAGCUGCACAUUGAAGCUGUGUUGUAUUCUUUAGUUCCCAUAUGCAGAGCGUUAGAAUCCUCAAAACAAGCCGAAACCCUCUCGUGGUAGGAACAGCACUGGUGUGACUGAACUAUAUUUGUGCUGUAAGAUUCGUCUUUGCAAGGAGCUAACUGUUGCCAUCUGAACUUAUAUGUAGGGGAACAGACUUUAGACGAUUUGAUUUAAGCUUCUGGUUGUCUCUUGAAUGCC